UAUGCUUCUACCAUGCCUCUUCAGGUAAGCUGAAACCUGACACCUGGCUGUUACCAUGGCACUGCUAAGGAAAGCAAAGGUUGAUGGGAGAUUUUAGAGGAUUAGGGGAGCACACAUGCAGUGUGUUUGAGGCUCUUUUAGCUCUGAUACUAGAUACUAUAUUUCUUCCGUGUGCUUUCUAGGAAACAGUCGCCUCGGGGCAGGGACGGAGACAUGGGAAUAUUUCUCUCAAGUCUGUGUGGUGCUGAAGAAGAGGGCAAGUCGGCAAGUAAAAGUAUCAGGUGUAAAAUAUUGAUGCGACGACAGGUGUGAUCCUAAACGCCCCACAGGUCUUUGCCCUUCUGAUUGAUGCAUCACAGUGAGGGGCUGCCAGCACCCCCGCCACAGGCUGAACCACGGACCUCAGGACUGAUUCACAGAGCCCCACUCCUCCUGGAGGAGGAGGAGGGGGUGGUGAGCGGGCAGAGGGAGGUGAGGGAGACCAGCCGGUUGUACAGGAGCUGUGGUUCAUUGUAGUGAUGGCAGGCAUUGCCCUGCUGCUGCUGGCCAUUGUGUUAGGUGUCAUGCUUCAUAAGGUUCUGAAUAAACCCCCCUUCACCCGAGAGAGACCCCCACUGGUGGCCCUGCCCCUGCAGAAGAGGAGCCCCAUGGCUGUUUACCCACCCAGCAACUCUGUUUUGUUCGACACUGUGCCUGACACAACAGGCUUUUCCAACAGCGUAACACUCAAGGGCUUCACCAUGAAGAUAGAGGAAUUGGUGGAAGCUAAAUGUGAGCCCACUGAUGAAGACCCUCCGCAGGGUGAGCUCGGGAUCCUCAGUGUGAACUCUCUGAGACGCAGUGUCAGCCAGGUGAUGGACGGGAAGACCCUCACCGGAGACGACGAAGCGUGGGACCCAAACAUCUCAGGCCAUGACAGUGGGAUGGUGAGAGACCCCAAAAACUUUAUGGACGAUGAGGAGUUUGUUGACACCAUCAAAGGCUUCAGCACCGUGAGGAAGGAGCACACCAUGUUCACUGACACCAACCUGUGACCUGAGGGCGACCUUUGAACCUGACAGGACAUAAAAUCUACCUUGUUUUGUCUCCAACACUGACCAGUUCAAGAGUCUCACUGUAGCUGGUUAAGAGCUGUCAAGAGGUCAGCCACAGUUUCUUCUCUCCUACAAUGAAAAACGAAGGAAGAGGAACUCAACAUGAUUCAUGACAAGACUGUUGGAAUAGCUAAGAGAAGAAACAAGUGUAAACUGUUACGGUGCCGAGUGAAAUUUAAACACAAGCGGACAAGAAACAUUCCUAAGGAGUGGAUGAGAGGAAGCACCUGCUUUUGUGGAAAACUCUUCUGAAGUAAUACAACACGCCUGUUAUUAAAACUUCUCAUCAUUGAAUACAGACUCACAGCACACACUGAGAAAAAGACUAAAGACACUGUGUGGUGACGCAGCAGAACAUAAUUACCUAUUUGAGAUUUUUUCUUUCAAUUUUAUUCCCUCCAGAGAGAUGCUUUUGUAAGGGGCUUAAUUUACUUUUUGGGUUUUUUUUGCAGGCACGCUCAUUUUCACCUCUUUGGGUGCUUUGUGGUAAAAAUCUGUUGUGAUCUAUUGAAACUUGAAUCAAUCUUGUGGAUGCAGUUUGCAGGUCAGCCUGUAGUAACUGAGAGGACUAUGCACACAACAGACACAAAGCCGACUGAUGAGGUCAAAGAAGUACAAUGAACAAAUUAAAUGAAUAAACAAACAUGUCUGGUGAGGUUGUUGAGAUGAAAAAAAUAAUUUCUUUUUCUAAUUAAGCAAUAUCACACGAGAGGGGGUGAUGCACUGAAUAUCAGCACGGCUGUGAUUCGGUCAUAGGCACGAGGCCACAGGCCGAGUAGCCUACUGAAGACAACAGUAUACAACAUUUCUACGAGCGCCAUAUUAGUUAAAUAAGCAACAACAGAUUAUAAUUUGUUGAUUUUAUCAUUUAUUUGACAACGCCAAUACAAAUAGUUCCGCCACUGGACUGGUACUGGACUGUUGCUAAUCAACACAAACAUUUUCCUGACCUGAACAGUGCACACUAGAUUACUACUUUGUUUACACUUUACCUCAGGAGUGUGCUGUGGUAUCCAGGCUUCUUCCCUUCAUCCUCUUCUGACGACCUUUCCUCAUUUAAUUCAAAUGUUAUUUCUGGAAAUAUAUUGUUCUUUGCCAAGUUAGUUACAAUCUAAGAUAGAUAACGACCGUUACUCUAACGCUAAUUAGCAGUUAAUAGAAACACCUGUGAAGCGGAGCGAUACGCGUAGUUAAAAGUCCCAGUGCUGUUAUACUCGCCUCUAUGGCAGCACUCCUCCUGUUCAAUCAAACUACUUGGUCGGAACUAACUGUUGUAUAAAACAAUUUAUAUGAUUUGACUUAUUUUUAAUUUCAAUAAAUUGCACCAAAUCUCACUGAUUGGUAAAAAGUA